UUUUCUGCGUCGUUCCGACAUCAUCAUCAUGCAUGCAUCAUAUCAUCUACAUGUUUUGUCAAACUAAAAUUAUUUGAAUAAAAAUUAUUUUCUUCCCCUCUCAUAUGGUUCUAUAUAAAACCCUCCCUCGACCUUUUCUUAUUUAAGAAAACUCCAAACUAAAUAUUUAUGAGUAUUUGAAAAGUUGUUUCAAUUUAACAAUAAAUUUCUUGAAACUAUUUUCAGCCUUUCCUCCCAUCUCUUUUCUCUUUGCCUUCUAUCUUGAACACUUUCUUUAUCAUUUUCUCCAUAUCUUAACUCUUUCUUUUUAAUUUUUGCUAAUUGGCAAAAUCUUUGGCAAAUGGCUGGGCACUCUCUUGGCCCAAAACUCCUCGCUAGCCUCUCCACCAUUUUUCCUUCCUAGCUUAAAACACCAUCAAGCCCAACUUCCACCGACGAAGCAGCCCACCAAAUACCAGCGCUGCACACUCCUUCUUCUUCGUUGUACGGCAGAACAUCUAGCAUCUCCACGUCGACAGUGCGGCGAUGGGACGGCUGCUAUUCCUUCCGCCUCCAGUAUAAAUCCUCCACCUAGCCCAGACCUGCAACCCUAGCUCCUCCUAGUCCUUUUCCUCCCCGCCGCCAAUCUUCUUUUCUCUCACGUCUGGCUCCCGUCGCUCCUUCCUCUCCGUGUCACAGAACUCCGGCAAAGAUGACCACCUUCCGCGCCCCAUGUUGCCCCUACAUGCGAGCGUCCGUGAAUUUUUUGGCCGCGCCCAUGUCCUGCUGCAAGCCGCCGCCUUGCUGCUCCACGCCGGCGCUGCUCAUCGCCAACGACCUCACCUUCGCGCGGACGUCCUCGACAAGCCAUCGCCAACGUUCUGGCUCAUAUCACGUACUGCGACCGUCGCCUCCCAGCUCAUCUUCGUCCGCGACCUCGCCGGGCUUCGCCGCGUCUCUCCUCCAUCCACCUCUGGCCGUUCCGUCCGUCCGCCGCGGAGUCCGCCAUCUCCGUUGGGCGUCCUCUGCAUCAAGCUCCUCAACGGCAGCAGCGCACACUUCCUCUCCAGCACGUCGUCGACCUGCAGCUGUCCUUCAACGACCACCUCUUCAACACUGCAGACCUCACUGCCCUGCGCCUCCGUUUCACCAUGUGAGCUCUCCGUUCUUAUCUUGUAUUCUCGUCUUCCUGGUUGUUUCCAGCCUGAACCUGACGCCGUCGCCCUUGUUUCUCUUCCGGGUCAACGCUGUGACCGCGCGUCCUCGAGCAUCCACCCCGGCCGCUCUCUUGGUCGGCUUUCUCUGCAAGCAGGUCGCCGUCCGACGCGCCUCUCCGAUCUACGUCUUCCUCCGCGUCGCGCAGGUCCAAGGCGCGGGCUUUUCUGCAACUCGAGUUGGUUGCGUAUCCAUGUUCACCACAAGCACAUCAGCAAUUCUUUGUCUGCAGCGUUGCAUGCUGGCGUGCUAGCGUCUUCUGCCUCGGAUCUCGUCGUCGUCUUCGUUGCAGUGUUGUCAGGUCCAAGGACUCGCCAACUUCAAAUCAACCGACUCCAACACAGCAGCAUUUUGCUUCCUGUCAGCUCAGCGCCUAGUCGCCCCUGGCCUCGCAGCCUGAACCUGACGCCGUCGCCCUUGUUUCUCUUCCGGGUCAACGCUGUGACCGCGCGUCCUCGAGCAUCCACCCCGGCCGCUCUCUUGGUCGGCUUUCUCUGCAAGCAGGUCGCCGUCCGACGCGCCUCUCCGAUCUACGUCUUCCUCCGCGUCGCGCAGGUCCAAGGCGCGGGCUUUUCUGCAACUCGAUCUGCAGCGUUGCAUGCUGGCGUGCUAGCGUCUUCUGCCUCGGAUCUCGUCGUCGUCUUCGUUGCAGUGUUCUCCAACACAGCAGCAUUUUGCUUCCUGUCAGCUCAGCGCCUAGUCGCCCCUGGCCUCGCAGGAAUUGUGUGA